GAUUGGUUUCCCGUUAUCUCGCGGGUAGGAAGUUAGAAGCCGCUCGAACGGAAGGGUUGAAAGUUGAAACGCUUUGCAAGACUACGAGAUUGUUGCCGCGUUUGUUCUCUGGUCGCUGCAUAUUUUGCGCGGGGAUCGUUAAUUACUGUGCACUCCGAAGCAUCUCGAGCUAGCUUAGUUUGUUAGCUGCCAGCAAAGCCACGCGGAAGUUCUGAACGCAUCGCGGAGCACAGAUCCCAGGAGUGAGUGUGCAAAAAUGUGUAAAAUACAAAUGCUGAGAGCGUUGGUAAAUCAGCGACUAACUGCGGCUGUCGAAGAAAUAUUUGAUGUGCUGGAAAGAACGAUAGCGGAGUACGAGGAGGAACUUUCUCGAACGAAAGAGGAGAACGAGCGACAACGUGAGCAACUCGACGCCGUUUUCAAGAAGCCUCGAGUUGUGUUACACAGAGCAGAUGCCAGUGAAGAAGCUCUUCAACCUGAGCUGCAGGAGUGGAGCUCCAGGGUGGAGCAGGAGGAGCCACAGCGCCCCCACGUUGUAGAUGAAGAGGAGGAGCACAGCUGUAGUCAGGAGGUACAGCCAGAAGCUGAUGGAGACCGCUGCAAAGGAUCAGAAGCAGACUACCUCAUAGCUCCACUGUCAGACAGUGACGAGGUCCGGUCACGUUCUUCUGAGACUGAGGAUUCUGAAGCCGAUGUGACGUGUGUCAAAUGCUCCCAGUGUGGUGCAACCUUCAACAGCAAAAGUAAUCUGAACAGACACAUGAGGUGUCACAUCAUCAAUGACUUGACAUGCUCCGAAUGUGAGAAAGUCUUCUGUGAUAAGUCCAAAUUGGCCAGACACAUGAGAAAGCACACAGGAGAGAAACCGUUUGCCUGUUCAGUCUGCAGUAAGUCUUUCCACCGGAAGGAUUACCUGAAAAGGCACUUGAGAAUGCACACCGGAGAGAAGCCGUUUUCCUGCACACUGUGCAACGUCAGUUAUUCCGAUCGCAUCACGUUGCGUAAGCACUGGGAAAAGCACACUGAGAUCAAACUGUUUUCCUGCUCAAUCUGCAAGGAAACCUUUCCCGAACGCAGAGAGUUGAUUGAGCACACGAGAAGACACGUUUAUGAAGAUGUCAGUGGAGAAGGUCUUCCUCCUCCUCAGCAGCAGGAGGGGAGCUCCAGGGUAGAGCAGGAUGAGCCACAGCCCGCCCACAUUAAAGAGGAAGAGUUCCACAUCAUCAUCUUCACUCUUCACAGUGACACCAGUCAAUGGAAACCAGGUGACUUCAGCCUCCUCCAGCCCUUCAAGCUGCUCUUCCUCUUUAAUAUGAUGCUGCUCGGGGAGAAUAUCUGCUUCACUAACGUCUGCACGACACAAGAAGACCACUACAAACAUUACCCCAACAGCCGCAGUGAGUCGCUCAUUCACCAAGGCUCUCAGGAUUUGUACUUUGCUCAUUUUCGCACCAUCACGUCGCUUUCCACUCACACUCAAUCUCUGCCCAGCGAUGCGUGUCUCUGUGUUAGCAGCGAGCAAACCAGGCUAGCUUUGCUUCACGAUGCCAGUGAAGACCAUCUUCCCCCUGAGCAGCAGGAGUGGAGCUCCAGGGUGGUACAGAAGGAGGCACAGCCCGCCCACGUUAAAGAGGAAGAGGAGGAACACGGCAUCAGCCAUGAUGGGGAGCAGCUUGAAGGACCCGAGGAGGCUGACAUCACCUAUUUUCCGCUGAAUCGUGUCAUUGUGAAGAGUGAAGAUGAAGACGCUGAAGGAGGAUCACGAGCAGACAGCCUGUUUGCUCCGCUAUCAGAUAGCGACAACACGGCAUCUCCUGACACUGAUGAUGAAGACUCGAAGCCUGACAGGACGUCGUGCGCAGCCGCACAAACCAUGGAGGACGCUGUUGGGAUCAGCAUCUGCUGCAGGGUGAAGAAGGAAGAGCAACCGCCCCCCCUCAUUAAAGAGGAACAACCAGACGCCCCCCACAUUAAAGAGGAACAGGAGGAACACGUCAUUAGUCAGGAGGGAGAGUAUCUUGCAGGGCUGGAGGACUUCCCAGGUAUUCGUGUCAUUGUGAAGAGUGAAGAUGAAGAAGAAGAAGAAGAAGCAGCUGAUGGAGACCACUGUGGAGGAUCACAAGCAGACAGCCUCUUAGCGCCACUAUCAGACAGCGACGACACAACGUCACGCUCUCCUGACACUGACGAUGGCGACUCUAAAGCUGACAUGACAUGUCACGCUGACGACGCACGCUGGAAAUGCUCGCAGUGUGACAAAACGUUUCCCACCAAGUCACAUUUAAAUAGACAUGUGAAGAUCCACACGGACGAGAAACUGUUCAUCUGCUCAGUCUGUGGCAAAAGAUUCUCUCAAAGGGGAUAUUUGAAAAGACACACCAGAACACACACAGAGAAACGUUUCAGCUGCUCGCUGUGUGACAAGAGAUUUGCCUCGAUGUACCGCUUGAAAGUGCACAUUAGAGCGCACACCGGAGAGAAACCCUUCAUCUGCUCGGUGUGUCAUAAAACAUUCUCAUCGGUGGACCCGUUGAAAAGACACAUGAGAACACACACCGGGGAGAAGCCCUUUAUCUGUAUCGUGUGUCAUAAAAGGUUCUCGAUAAAAGGUGAUUUGAAGAGACACAUGAGGACGCACACCGGUGAGACGCUGUUCAGUUGCAACGUGUGUAACAAAAGGUUCUCCAGGAAGGACCAGGUCAACAGACACAAGUGUGCUGGUGAGAACAGCAACAGUAAAUGAAGCUUUAUUUUCUAACUGCAUCAGAAAGUUUUAAGUAGGACAAGUGUUGCUGUCUGGACUGUGCAGAGUGCAGCCCGCAGCUCGUUUUUGGGACCGGAUUGGACCGCGGCAUAUUCUCCAGCGUACCUGUUCACCCUGCUGGGUUCGCCCCGUUUAAGUAGUUUCCCAUGAAUUUACUGUAUUGGAACUUUCAUCGCCCCUCCCAGAAAGUUGAAAGUAGGCUGACUUGAGCUGACUUUAGUGUGUUAGAAUAUACAUUUUUAUAUAUGCGGUCCUCAGUGGAAAAGUUUUGGACCCCCUUGUUUUCAUGUGAUGGCAUGAACUGUCUGUCAGAGUCACAUGACACUUAGCUAACCUGGAUGUUGUUUUAACGUCAUCGGUUUUUGUGUGUAGUUCCUUGUGCAAAAACGUGUACGUAAACUUCAUUAAAAAGUCUAAAUUGUAUUAAUUGUGAAUUGUCUUGUGUUUUUAGUUCCAUGCGUUAAACUAACUCUGCAUUAAAAACAUUUUUUAAGCUCUUGCCCUCAAGUCAAGUCCUUAAACAUCGGAUUGUCUGUGGUUUGACUGCGGAACAAAAUUUAGUUUGGGUUUUCUAAGGGGCAUUUUUUGAGUGCGCACACAAUGACUAUGCAGCCAAAUCACAACUUGGCUUCCAAGUUAAGUAUAACAAAAGCAUGUGCACGACGUAACAUUUUGUCUUUUGAAAAUCGCCACACCAACGCUCUCCGCUUUUAUACAUUUUAUAAUCAUCUCUGCCUGGCGAUGCAUUGCUAACCUCGCAGCUAGCAAGCUAACCUAGCUCGAGAAGCUUCAAAAUUCACUGAGACGAGUAUAUCCUGACACCAAACACGAAUACAUUUACUCUUUCCGAAAUACGUACAGGUCAAGGACCAACUCAAUGUAGCAAAUAAACACGCAUUUAACAGUCACGUCGUCUUGCUGACUUGUUUAAUUCCGGCAGACGAGACACAGCGAGUGUAUUUUAGCCGUAGCCCUCGGGUGAAGAGGUGUCAUUUCACUCGUGACCUUAAAUCUUCAGGACACAUAGCGCGGACAUUUUCAGGAAAUGUAAAUUUAUUUUUGUCUCUCAUUUUGCAGAUUUUAAACACA